CCACCGACACGUUGGUCGUGCCGGGCGAGUUUCACAACGACGAGCUGAUGCGUGAGCACGCGGUGCCCUACUACGGCGCCGUUUACGACGAGCCGAGCUACACCGAUCUCGAUUCCAGCAAGGCCUACGACCGGCCGGCCGACGGCUACUAUGCGCCGCCGCCGCCACCGUCCGGCUACCAGCAGCCGUUCGUGCCGAUGCCGGACGCGUACGCCGGCUACCCAACGCCAUCGCUCGGCUACCUGGAGUCGCCGCUGGUACAAGCCGGCUUCGCGGGUGCGCCACAGGGUCUGGCCGUCUCCUCCGCGCUGGUGGCGCAGCCGGUUCGCACCAGGCGUUCGGCACCGCAUACGGAGGAGCCAGGCAACAAGGCGUCUAAAAACAGGGGCUGGAGAGGCAGCUCUAUGAACUAUAAGAAGACCCGCCGGCGGCUGGCCAGCUGA